AUGAACAGGCGUAAGCUUGGAGCUAAAAUUUCAAAAAUUGCAAAUUUUACAUUUCAACAACUCUCUUCUAAUAAUUUUAACUCUUCUGAGGAAAAUAAUAAUAAAAUUAAUAAUAAUGGAAAAAAUAACAGUUCAAAUCAACAAAAUAAAGUUACUACUAGUGAAAAUAAUAAUAUUGAUUUGGAUAAAGGAAAGAAAAGGCUUCCUUUGGGAGAAGUUAAAGUAAUUAAUGCGGUUGGAAAAACUUGCAGUGCAGCACCUUUGGAGAAAAUUUCAAAUACUCAAUUAAUUUCUAAAAAGAGAACAGAACGUUUUGAAGUUUGUUUGGAUGAGGAUGAGGAGAUUGAUGAUGAUAAAUCUAAAAAUGAUAGAAAAUCAAGUAAUUCUGAAGUUAAAAAGAGGCGUGAUUUAUCUGCGGAUGAAAAUAAUGACGAUUUUAAUAAAUUAAAUGGAAAGUCGAGAAUUGAAUUGUUAUCACCGUUGCCUGGAAAGGAAAAUGUUAUGCCAAUCAAAACUCCAACAAAACAAGACGAAAAGGAUUAUUUAACACAUUUUGAUACGGAAAGCAUUAAUAGUUACAAUACAGCGCCUGAAUCAGUUACUGAAUGUUUGACAGCUAAAUCUCAAUUUUCAAUUCCUCAUUUAAAAGGACAAUUAACUUUUGAUGAUCCAUUAGAUAUCUAUAAAUGGAUGUUGUUUAGAGAAAAGUCAUAUCGACCAAAAACAAAUUUUAUGGAUAAACAAACACAUAUAAAUGCGGAGAUGCGAGGAAUUUUAAUUGAUUGGUUUGUGGAUGUUGUUGUUGAACUAGAACUUAGUCCGGCUUCGUUUUUUCUUGCUAUUUCUUUAACUGACCGCAGUUUGUCCGUCAUUGACUGCCCUAAAGAACGACUUCAGCUCUUGGGUGCUACAGCUAUUUUGAUUUCGACCAAAGUUCAAGAGGUGUUCCCACCGUUGGUUAAAGACAUCGGUAUAAAAGUUUUUUGUAAUUACCUAUAUUAUAAUAAGUACUUGAAAUUUUUGGCUGUAUAUAAGAUGAAUGCCAAUUUUAUUUUUUUCCUUCCCACGGGAUAA